CUUGCUUCCUUCUCUCUCUCUCUAUCUCUCUCUCACACACACAUCUCAGCAUACCCUCCUCCGAGUUAUUGGUACCUUCAAUCCCUCCUGUUCCUUCCUUUAGCUGUGGAACGGUUGCCUUGCUUUGCUGACGAAGAAGGCCUGGAAGAACCUGAACAAGGGCACGGGCACGGGCACGGGCACGGAUGGUCUUUAUUGUCAAGAUCCCACCACGCUCACGCAGGACCACGCCCGAAGGACAGGAACAACAACAGCAGCAGCACCAGCAGCAGCAGGAAGCAAUGGUAGAGGGGACCGCAUCGAUACCGGGGCAAUGGGGUGAAGGGAGCGUCAGUCCGCCUCCUACAGCCGCACGAGUGCAAGAGCAGUCACAAGCGGUAGGGACGGGCCAACCUGCUCCUGCUCCUGCUCUCUUUGCGCCCAACCCACCUGAUCAGAGUGAGGGAGCACCGCUCCGAGCGUCACAACUUCAAAACUCCCAGCCUGAGGAGCAGAUGGGAAGGAGUAGCAGCAUUCAAGAUGCAUUAGACGCUCUCUCCAUGCUGAGUAUCGGCGCAGGUGCAACGGCUGCUACCCAGGCCGUAGAGAUGCAGCCCGAUCGCGAGAGGUCGCCUGCUGCUUUGGCGUAUCCUGCUCUUCCAGUCCAAGAAGUCCAGAAAGAAUCUCAGCAGGUCGAAGUGCAGCGAGAAUCUCAGCAGGUCGAAGUCCAGCAAACACACCAAGACGCCCCUGCCCUUACGACACCUGUCGAUCAGCUGAAGGCAGCCCCUCUACUCGAUAUCAUCGUCGCACCUGCAGUCCUCGCCCACCGCUACAUCAGAGGUAGGGAUGUAUCCCUCAUCGUUGAGAGGCCAGAGAGGGUGAGGGCGGUAUUGCUUGGCGUGUCUGCACUACUUGGAAGGAUGGCCGAAGACAACGAGAACAGGGCGUCCUCCUCGGCGCGGACAGCCGCCGCUGGUAACGACGCGGACGAUUUGAUCUCGCAAUUACAGGGCAUGAGCAUGGCUGGUCAGAGAGGUAAUGCUUCUCUCGCAGGAUCACCUCAGGUUCAGGUCCUCCACUCUACGAAGAGCGUACCUCUUUACCCUGCUCAUCCUGCGCUGGCUGUUGUGCACGCCCAUCAGGAAGAGAUGGUGGACGAUAUUCUGCCCGAAUGCGAGGAGAAACGGCGGCGCAAGGGCAAGCCAGCUGAAGCAGCAGACGGAGGAGCCGGCCAGCAAGAGGAGAACCAAGCUGCCCCUUCUACUCUCUACUCAUCGUACAUCUCUCAGUUGUGCUCCUAUGCGCCUCACUCCGCUCCGUUACCGCCACAACCAGUCCCAAGGCGUACACGGGAAGCAGUCUCGGCUACUGCAACACCUACUGGGCUAGGAAGGACGAGGAGGGCAACGCGGCAGGCGUCUCCUGGCCCGGCGUCUUCUACUGCUACUCCACUGCAGAAGCGGGAAGAAGACAUCAGAGCUCCGUUUGCCCAGGCUGUACCGACGAUCAAGCAAGAGGCAGACAUAGCAGGGCCCAUGCCAGGAGCGCCGGGGCCCCAGACGCCUGCUGAAGAGAAGAGGGAGCCAGUGAGCUUUGCUCUGCCACCUACUACGCCAGGGCAAAAGCUGGACACUUCGACCAAGGAGGAAAGCAGUAGUAGCAGUAGCAGCAGCGACGACGAGACUGAUCAACACGCGAGCGAAGUGCCCUACCACCUCUCGCAAGGUGAUCUCUACUUGCGUGGGAGCAAAUCAAAGGGUCUAGAAGAUGAGCUGGCCGGCUAUGGUUCUGCAGAGGCUAUCCAGCAUGCUCUUGCUGCCAGUAUCGAGGCAGUCGACCGGGUCUGUGCUGCCGCUGACCAGUCAUCACUAAGCAAGCAUAACGGUCACGCUUCUAGAGGCUCAGUCUCGCCCCUCGACUUCUCAUCCAUCCACGGAGGUCCCUCAUCUUCCUCUUCGUCGGCACCUCUCCCUUCCAGGCGGGCCUUUGUUCUCACCCGCCCACCAGGCCAUCACUGCUCCGGCUCUGCCCCCUCGGGCUUCUGCUGGGUGAACAAUGCCGCCGUGGCGGCGGUGCACGCUUAUCAGGCACACGGUGUAGAUCGUGUGGUGAUUUUCGACAUCGACCUUCACCAUGGCAAUGGCACGCAGAAGAUCGCGUGGAGGAUCAACGAGGAGACACGAAGAGUAGAUCUGGAGAGAGCAGCGAGGAUCAAAGCUGCUGCUUCGUCUCUGGCGGGGCGGAGUGGAAGUGGUAGGGGCAGGGGUCCUCGCAAGUCUGGUGGCGGCGGAGGCGGGGGAGGAAUCGUAGAUGUAGAAGCUGGUAUACCCCCUCGCGGCUUGCAGGUAUUCUACAGCAGUCUGCAUGACAUUGAGAGUUUCCCUUGCGAGGAUGGAGAUGCGGAGCUGGUGAGGGAUGCCAGCGUAUGUAUUCAGGGCGCUCACGGGCAGUGGAUCUGGAAUGUCCACCUAGACAAAUACGACUCACCCUCCUCCUUCGAUGAGCUCUAUCGCACAAAGUACUCGCAGCUCUUCACCCAAGCCCGCAACUUCCUAGAGAGCACCGGCUCCACCCCUUCCAAUACCCUCGUGCUCAUCUCCUGCGGAUUCGAUGCCUGCUCGUACGAGCUACAAGGUAUGCAGCGCCAUGGGAAGCAUGUCCCGCCGGGAUUCUACGAGCGCUUUGCCAGAGAUGCGGUGCAGCUGAGUGAGGAGAUGGCGGGGGGCAAGGUGGUCAGUCUGCUUGAGGGAGGGUAUGGCGAUCGAGCUCUCUGCAGUGCCUCAAUUGCGCAUAUGAAGGGGCUCGCGACGCCUCCUCGGUCUUCAGAUGGCAUGAGUGAGACGCAGUCUCGAUCGAUGAGCGAGGUACAAGCACCGAUGGCUACGACCAGUCGCCACUACUCGUCAGUGGGAAGCGCAAUGGACCCCUAUGCCCACCAGUGGUUCUCCCUCGAAGCGCUCAAGGCUCUCGAGAAGACAAUGGCGACUGUUUUGCGUAGUCGAGCGCAAGCUCGGACUGCUGCUGCAUCGGGGUUACUGUACCCGAAUGGUCUCACUUCUGGAGCUGGAGCGGGAAUUAGUCCCACCAAGAGACGUGGUGGAGCAGCAGCAGCAGCAGCAGGUCAGCACGCCCUUUCUGUGGGGAGCGCCGGGUCCUCUACUACCGGACAAGACUGGCUCGCCCGUGCAACGGCGCACUUUACUGCUUUUGAAGAGUUGUGCGAGCCUCUGAUGUAUGUCGCUCCUGCGCGAGCUGUGGGUGGAUCUGCGGGAGCGGGAGCAGGGACGGGGAGAGGCGCUGCUGGAAGGGGAUACUAGAAGGUCUUGCUGUCGUCGCCAAGUGGUAGAUCAGGGAGAGGUAGAAUACCCAUGC